CGCCGCUAUAGCACAAAGGCUGCGAGUUCGAGUCUCGUCAUCGGUUGUCGAUUUUGGCUCGGCUCUGCAGCAGAGCUCACGGUCUCAAUUUUUGAGUCGUCGUCAGUUGCUAGUAUCUGCGUACCACAGACCCCUAAGUAUGCCGACAUCUUCAUCCACCCAUCCUGCCGGCAUGCAAAAUUUGAGCCUUCCUUCCUGCCCCA